AUCGUCCGCUUAUAUUGAGUUUAUUGAAAAUAGAUGAGUGUGUUUAAUGAGUGUAAAUGUGAUCUCAUGUGAUGUUGUACAGACAGUAGAGGACACACACACACAUACUGACUGCGGAUUGAACGAUACAAACACAUAUAUAUGAAUGCAAUGCCGAAUAAAACGAAGAAAGACAAGGAUUCACCAAAAUCUGCAAAAGUGGGUAAAACAGGAGGUCAGGAGAACUCAGAACAUGAGGGGUCCAAUAAGAAGGGCAUUAACAGUGUUCCUCCCACCAUGCAGCUGCUGAAAGGAAAACCGUCCGGAUCUCAGCCCGCCGUUAAAAAAGACAAGAGACCGAGCUCAUCCAGAUACAGCCUGAGCAACAAUCGGGAACUCCAGAAACUCCCUGCGUUCAAAGAUGUCCCCCCCACCGAGCAGGAGAAGUUGUUCGUACAGAAGCUGCGUCAGUGCUGCGUGCUCUUUGACUUUGUAUCCGACCCGCUGAGCGAUCUGAAAUGGAAGGAGGUGAAACGGGCGGCGCUGAGUGAGAUGGUGGAGUACAUCACUCAUAACAGGAACGUCAUCACUGAGCCCAUCUAUCCUGAGGUCGUUCACAUGUUUGCAGUGAACAUGUUUAGGGCGUUACCCCCAUCAUCGAACCCGACCGGGGCUGAGUUUGACCCAGAGGAGGAUGAGCCAACGUUAGAGGCGGCCUGGCCACACCUACAGCUUGUGUAUGAGUUUUUCCUGCGGUUUUUAGAGUCGCCUGACUUUCAACCAAACAUAGCCAAGAAAUACAUAGACCAGAAGUUUGUGUUACAGCUCCUGGAGCUGUUUGACAGCGAAGACCCUCGUGAACGUGACUUCCUGAAGACCACUCUCCACCGUAUCUACGGGAAGUUUCUGGGCCUCAGAGCAUACAUCAGAAAGCAGAUUAAUAAUAUAUUCUAUAGCUUCAUCUAUGAAACAGAGCAUCAUAAUGGAAUAGCAGAACUACUGGAAAUAUUAGGAAGCAUAAUUAACGGCUUUGCCUUACCACUGAAAGAAGAGCACAAAAUCUUCCUGCUAAAAGUUUUGUUACCGUUGCACAAAGUGAAGUCGCUCAGUGUGUAUCACCCACAGCUGGCGUACUGUGUGGUGCAGUUUUUGGAGAAGGACAGCACACUUACUGAACCGGUGGUGAUGGCUCUGCUGAAGUACUGGCCGAAGACUCACAGCCCAAAGGAAGUGAUGUUCCUCAACGAGCUGGAGGAGAUCCUGGACGUCAUCGAGCCGUCAGAGUUUGUGAAAGUGAUGGAGCCGCUCUUCAGACAGCUCGCCAAAUGUGUCUCCAGCCCACACUUCCAGGUUGCGGAGCGUGCGCUGUACUACUGGAAUAAUGAAUACAUCAUGAGUUUAAUCAGUGAUAACGCUGCCAGGAUUCUGCCCAUCAUGUUCCCGUCACUGUACCGAAACUCCAAAACCCACUGGAACAAGACGAUUCAUGGUCUGAUCUAUAACGCACUGAAGCUGUUUAUGGAGAUGAAUCAGAAGUUGUUUGAUGACUGCACACAGCAGUUCAGAGCUGAGAAAAACAAAGAGAAAGCCAAGUGGAAAGAGCGUGAGGAGGCGUGGACAAAGAUCGAGAGUCUCGCCAAAUCAAACCCACAGUUCCUGAUGUACAUCGACUCCAGCAGCCUCAGCAGUCCGAUGGAUAUGGAGACAGACGGACCGAUGAUUGAUGAUGUCAUGAUGCUGAAGAAGACCGUAGAAGAAGAAGCCACUCAGCUGCACAGAGACCAGCGUAAGGAACGCCCCCUGGUGCGACGCAAGUCUGAGCUGCCUCAGGAUAUCUCUGCCGUGAAAGCUCUUGAGACGCACCGGCGUGCCGAAGACAUGAUCACUGCCCAGGACGGCCACUAGAGGACCUCAAACGCCCAAAACCAGCCCAGUCUCACCCCGCCGCGCAAGAGCCGGCCCCAUACAGCACUGACGGCAGUGGCACUGAACGGCCCCCGGUGUGACCCACAAACACGCCCAGUUCUGCCAUCCAGAACCGCACCAGUGCCCGUCCAACAUCCAGAGCCCUCAACCCAACUCUAGUCUAGUCAUCUCUCCAUUCCCGAGUCUUUUCUGUUGUUUAGUUUGUUUCUCUCUCUUUCAAGAUGUAACGUGCCUGUACCGACUCGUGUCAUGCCGUUGUGCUGGAAACGGGCACCGGGGACAGGUCGUUUUUAACGCUAGAGCACUUGAAGCGCCGCCGUCGACUGUGUUCCGGAGCGAGGGAGCGAUUCUCAGGUUGGCCAAGAGAGCAGCUUUUUAUGGGCCGAUGUCAAAGCUCGGACGCCACGUCGGCUUUCGGGCCUCAGUGGUCAAUGAUCGUCAAUCACCGCCAAAAAAAUGAAAUGUCGUUUUAGUCUUACCGACUGUAUUUCGCAACAGGCGGGUCUGUCUUUUUGAGAGAACGCACGCCAGUGCAAAUACCCUUCCAAUUUACGCCAAUUUUUUUUAACAUUUGGCAAUAAGUUCAUCCAGGGUGAUUUUGGUUGUUCAAACAAUGGCGAAUGGCCUUAUGCUGGCCCCAUUUCGUUUUUUUUCCCGAACUCGUAGAGCGUUUUAAGCGUUCUAAUGGGCAAUAUUUAAACAUAAAUGUACGUUUUUUUGGACCAAGCCUUUAUUUGCAUGGAGUGCCUUUUUUUUAGGAAAGCCAUCCCAACAUAGAGGCGUUUGCUUAUGGCAAAGGCUUGUUUAUUUUCCGUUUUAAAUUCGUUACUUGCUAUCGCUUCCGCUUUCUCGCUUUCUUUACACGUGAGAAUGACGUAAGAGUUCGUCAACCAAUCGUGGUGGUUUUUGCGGGACCUGGACAAGCCCGACGAAGGACAGAAAAAGGACAUUUCCUGAUAAACUUGAACGACUUUUCGCAGUCUGCUUUCCUUUUGCGUCGUUUUACGAUUAUUCGCUCCGGACCAUUGUUUGAACUUCCAUUCGGUUGCGCCUGGUGGGAACGACAGCGCGGUUCUCUUUUCACGUUUCCCGAAUGCCCGCGGCGUGACUGCGUUUUUUUUAAACGUUAUAUUUUCGGCCCACAUAAGCUCGUCGAUGUUCGAUUUGAAUGUGCAAAAUUUAAAUGGCCAUUAUGUUUCACUUUCCCACCCUCGCUCUAUCUUGUGUUACAUUGUCAUUUAAGUUCCUCCCGCUUUUGGCCUGUAGUGCUAAAAUCUACACGUGUAUUGUCCUUGCCAGUGGCAAUAGAAUAACUUAAAACCGUCAAUAAAUCGGCAAAGUGUCCUUUCAGUGCGCGUACCCUUAUGAAACGGCUUCAUCUGAUAUUGUACAUAGUAUGUGCCGUUAUGACCCAUCUAUUACUGAGUGGUAGAUCUCUUAUUUUGUACAGAUGAAAACGGUUCUUAUCCAUUUGCAGACGGUUGGGAUUCGACAGACGUCUGUAACUGCGUUAGAAACGUUUCGAAUUUAAUUUCUAAUGUGUAUUUUUUAUCUAUUUGUUACUCAGAUCUAUUGUGUCUUUAUUCAGCUGUCUGAUGAAACCAUCAUAAAAUAGCCUUCAUAUGUGCUUUUCUCCAAAUCUCAAGUGGUAUAUGUCUAUAUACAGAAAAUAAAGAAAACGUGUUUUAUAUU